GCCGUACCGUAAUGACAGUAGAUGCAACGCGAAAGGAUUUUUUUCUGAGACAAAAGUAGUUUGAUCUGUUCGAGUUUCCGUCUAGUAGUGACGGAGUCAUCACGUAAAUAACAUGGCGGGUCUUGCAGGUGGAAAUAGUUCAGCCCAAAGACUUAUACAGUAUGUGGUUAUAAGGGGAGAUCUGCAUAAAGCACUUUCGUGGCCACUUGGCGCAGUGAUAACACAAGCCUGUCACGCGGCUACUGCAGCCAUUCACUUGUAUUACAGUGAUCAGAGUACGGUUGAUUAUCUUCGCGAACUGGACAGCAUGCAUAAAGUGGUGCUGGAGAUGGAUACCUGGCAACUACAAAUGAAAUACAGUGAAGUACUUUUACAGGAUGUUGAAGAAAAGAUGCUGAGAUUGAAGCUGGAGGUAUUACUAAGAAUGAAUAUGGUUGACAAACGGCCAGAAUAGAUACACAGCGUAUAAAAAUAUCCUACAUACGUAGGGCCUGUUCAACAGCAAAACUGAAUAUGGACAAAACUGUGUAAGCCUGCUAUGACCUAGCCCCUCUGACUGAUAAACACCUACACUCCAGUAAUUUUGGAUCUGUAAUUGCUGUACCCAAGCCAUUAAACAUAAACAUAGUA